ACGAGAACAGGCGAUAUGAGCGGCAGUCAGUUACUACGGGCUCUGGGCCGAAGCCUGGGACUGGGCCGAAGCCAGCUGAAGGUCGAUAGCCGGCAUGUGGUGCUCAUCACGGGCUGUGACUCGGGAUUGGGCCACUCCCUGGCCGUAUAUUGCCACGAUUCGCUCCAGAUGACAGUGGUCUCCUGCUGUCACAAUUUGAAAUCGGAAGGCGCCAGGCUGCUGCAGGCUCUGAAUCCCUCUAAAGAUGGACCCAAUAGGAUGUACACCCUGGAAUUGGAUCUACUGGAACCGGACUCCAUCCGUCUGGUUCACGGGCAGCUCAGGAAGAUACUCGCCCAGGAUCCCGGCUAUCAGUUGAAUGCUUUAGUCAACAAUGCGGGAGUGAUGUGCUUCGGAGAGUUCGAGUGGCAAUUGCCGGAGCAGAUCGAGACGCAGAUCAAUUGUAAUCUGCUGGGCACCAUGAGGUUAACCCGCGAGCUGCUCCCGCUGCUCCGCCAGCAGCAGGGUAGGAUUAUCAAUGUGACCAGCCACUGUGGCUUGCAGGCUUUGCCCGCUCUAGGACCCUAUGCCGCCUCCAAGGCUGCCCUGCGCUUCUGGUCGGAUUCGCUACGCGUGGAGCUGCAGCAAUACGACAUGGAGGUGGUCAACUUCAUACCGGGAUCUUUCGUUAUGGACAGCAAUAUCGCGGCCAGGCAACAGCAGCAUGCCCAGAAGAUGCACGAGGCCUUUACUCAAGAGCAGCAUGCUCUUUAUGACACGUACUUCGAGGCCUUCAACAGUUACCUCAAGGUCCUGACCGGUUUCAAGCCCCCCAAUCGGCUUAGGAACGAGGCUCUGCUGGCCAAGUUCCGAGAUGCCUUGACCAGCUCUCAGCCCCUGGCUUUGUACAUCGAGGAACCUUGGAGAUAUCGCCUCUACCGCUGGCUCUUCGCCAUCUGUCCCACUCCACUGGUGGACUGGCUGACCCUGCGCUUCUGCGCGAUGCCCACCUACGAGUCCACAAAACAGGCAACAGGGGAUUUGGUUGAUUCUUAGUCUAAACUUUUAAACAUUUACUUUCACAGUUACAAUUACAAUUACAUUUUAGUUUACAA